CGGCGACGGCCGGCCGCUGAUUUGCUGUUGAGGGCGCGGGGCGGGGCAGGUUGGAGACGCUCGGUCUCCGCGGGUCGCGCCGUCUUUUCCCGCCAUGUCGUUCGUGGAGAGCGGGAGUCGCUUGGCUCCGCGGCGCCGCCGCCUCGACGCCCCAGCCCCUUUCGCUCGGCCUGCGUGUUUCGCCUUCGCUCAGGGGGACGGUUGGGGUGAAGGCGAAGUAGACGAGGAGGAGGGAUGCGACCAAGUGGCCCGCGACUUGCGGGCGGAGUUCUCGGCUGGGGCCUCGUCGGAGCCCAGAAGUCGCUCGCUGCUCCUUUCGGAUGGGGCUGGGUCGCCGGUCCUGCCGGAUAAGCGCAAUGGCAUCUUCCCGGCGGCUGCGGGCGUCCGAGCCCAGCCCCGGCGGUGGCCGGUCCAGGUCCUCUCUAUUCUUUGUUCGCUGCUCUUCGCCAUUCUUCUGGCCUUCCUCCUCGCCAUCGCCUAUCUGAUCGUUAAAGAGUUGCAUGCUGAGAAUUCGAAAAACGAAGAUGAUCUAGACACUGGGCUAUUAGGGUUCUGGACUCUGCUUAUAAUAUCCCUAACUGCUGGAUUCUCCUGUUGCAGCUUUUCUUGGACAGUGACUUAUUUUGAUUCUUUUGAACCAGGAAUGUUUCCCCCUACUCCUCUUUCACCUGCCAGGUUCAAGAAACUGACUGGACAUUCUUUCCACAUGGGCUAUAGCAUGGCAAUUUUGAAUGGCAUUGUAGCUGCCCUUACUGUAGCAUGGUGCCUCAUGUAAACCCACAGUGAAGGAAUGUUGUUGGCAAAACUUAGUCAUGGUUUUUUUUUUAAU